AUCCGAAAACAUAUAUAACAGACGGAACGGGUUACCUAUUAACUGUUUAAAAUAAUGUAUCUUCUGCUUUUGGAAUUACAAUUAAGAGUUGGAAUUACAAUUACAAUUCUGACAAAAUAUUGGCACAAACAGUGACACAAUUCUAUACUAGGGUGGUCCAACUUUGUAUGGAGAAAAAUACGUAAUCACAAUGCUCUACCGCUGACAACAAGAGGGGCGACUGCAAGAGUAUAUUGGAAUGCCCCCCACUCAGGGCAAUUGUGAACAAACCACGCCUGACGCCAGACGAGAUGAACUUCCUCAAAAAGUCAGCAUGUGGAUUCAUCGACACAAUACCUAAGGUUUGCUGUCCAUCAGCCACUGAACAAACUCCUUCUCCUCCACCUGGGCCGAAGACUUGUUUUACACCGGAGGGGAAUCAGGGCCAGUGUAUGAGUGUUUUCAAUUGUGAUCACAUUGCGAAGAGGUUGCAGUCCCCUACGGUCAAUGCUGAAGAUCGAGCUUAUGUCAACAGCAUUAGAUGUGUAAGUCCAAACCCUGGUUUCAACGUGUGCUGCGGGCCACCUCCAGGGCCACCGCCGCCGACCGGUCUGUGUCAACCUUCCACGGCACCGCCCGAUCCUAGAACUGAAUGUUGUGGGCUGGACGGAAGCAGUGCAAACAAGAUUACCGGCGGAACCGCAACAUCAAUCGACCAGUAUCCAUGGCUGGCGAUCGUUGAGUACAAAAAGGACAACAAGAUCAAGCUGCUUUGCGGUGGCGUGCUUAUUUCCGGGCGUUAUGUGCUCACGGCGGGUCACUGCGUGAAGGGGACAGUGCUCGAUGCAGGGACACCAACAAAUGUGCGUCUGGGUGAAUACGACACAUCGAAUAGCGGUCCCGACUGCGUACCCGUAGAAGGUGGAGAACCGGGAGAUAUGGACUGCACCACGGACCCAGUCAUCAUCCCUAUUGAGCACAUCAUUCCCCAUCCUGAGUACAAUCCACGUAACCCGCUGAGGAGACACGAUAUCGCUCUGCUGAGACUUUCAGAACUUGCACCCUAUACAGAUUUUAUUCGGCCGAUCUGCCUGCCAACGAGGGAUAUAAGCUCCAGCAUACCGUCCUCUGGCAGGUUAUUUGCAGCCGGUUGGGGAGCCAUCAAUGAAACACAUUCUAGCAGCAAAGUUAAGCUACACGUCGACUUGCCUUACAUUAGCCUUGAGGAAUGUCAACCGGCCUACAACGUGCCCAAACGCCGUGUCACUUUGUGGGGCGGCCAGGUGUGCGCUGGUGGCGAGAAAGGCAAGGAUUCCUGCAAAGGGGACUCAGGAGGGCCUCUCAUGUACUCCGAGGGAUCCACGUUCGAGGUGGUUGGCAUCGUCAGUUUCGGCCCAACGCCGUGUGGACUGGAAAAUAUUCCUGGAGUGUACACCAAAGUGUUUGAAUACUUGCCAUGGAUUAGAAGCAAUAUUCAGCCUUAAUUUUAGACUGACUUUAAGAAUAAGAACAUUGAUGCCAUAACAUUGGUCAACAUUUGCAUAAUUAAAAAAAUUACUAUAGCUUAUCUUUGAGUUAUCUUGUCCUCUAAUAAGCGGCGUACCGAUGGCCAAUACAAUGUAAAGGUCAGGUGCUAUGAUUGCCCUUAAGAUAUAGGUACGAACUCGAGUGCAUGCUAAAAAUUCAUAAAUGAAAUUGAAAGUGAGUUAACAUGAUUUCUGUAAAAACAAAUGAAAAAUGACUUCACGCGUCGACAAAACUACAGAAUACGUGAUAACGCCACUACGCCCCAAAUAAAAUUAACCUCACCCCUUGGCGGCAGAUUGACAGAAUCUCACUUCGAUACAAUGACGGAAUGUUCAAAACUUAUUGUAAAUACCAUUGUACGGGUGCUUGUCAAUUACAGUAAAAAAAAUAACAACUUUUUGACCCUGACAAAGGAUUAUUUGUAAAAAAGUUUUAAACAAGAUAAGCUUUAUGCUCUCUGUCCUUUGGCUUAUGCCCUAUUGAUUUUCCGACAAACAAUACGCCGAUUUUCGAUUCGCCGACAACGAUUCGCAGACGGGUUCUUUGGCCGAGUAACGAUUGGCAGAAUGUCAUUACGCAUAAAAGUCGUUUGCACGAGUAGUCAAUACGCAGAACAUUAAUACGCAUAUUUACUUUUCGUAGAAUAAUCAUUUAGUAAUUGUCACGAUUACCCGAGAAACUAUUGGUCGAAACACAAUAAAUGAUUAUUUGGCAUUAAUAUUGAUUAACGGUUCUAUCGAUUUCGAUGAAAUUUGCUAUAUGGGGGGCGAAAAAUCAAUCUAGCUAGAUUGUAUCUCUGGGAAAACACGCAUUUUUGAGUUUUAUAUGUUUUACGAGCGGUCUCCCAGAUAUUUAAAACCUAUAUUGCAUAGGUACCAUCGCCCACACUGUUAAGGCCACGUUCACGCGGCGACUAUUCGAUUCGAUAUUUUCUCGCAUACGGUUUCAUCGUAUACGGGACGGCCAUUCACACGGUGCGAGGUCCACUCGGUUUUUUCACGUAUGCGGUCUCCCCGUAUACGUGACAGCCGUUCACACGGCGUCUAUUAUCUGCCACCACAUCAUCAGUCGUUGAGUGCACGCCGACAUGGAUCCCCGUAUGGAUAAAUAACUCGAUCGUAAUCGGCAAUCCGUCCUCCAUUAUGACCUUAGCAAACGACGUUCCAAACACAACUGCCGGCUGCCUACCCCGCGCGCGUCUCGUAUACGAGAAAUCAGUUUGUCCGUGUGAACGAACUAACGUAAACACAAGCGCCACUGAGCAUCGCGUUCGAUAAAAUCGUUCCGACAAUCUCGGGUUCCCGGUGCCAAGACCCUACGGUAUACGGUAAAAAAAUUACUCGAAUAUGAGAUUUUCUCGUAUAGACGCCAUGUGAUCGAUUUUCAGAGUUGCCAUACAAAUUUUGCUGCCACUACGAUAUUCGAUAAAAUCUCGUAGACGAUAAACGGGAAAAAUGACGCCGUGUGAACGUAGCCUAACUGUUCAUCGGGGACCUUAUUACAAAAGGCAUAAGGUUCAUCGGUGGACACUUAAGAGUGUUGCUGUUUGUACAAUACCUAUGCUUUUGUUCAUAUUUAAGUUAAAAAUUUAUUCAAACCUAAACUAGAAGUAAUCACGGUAUAAACGAACGGGUAAAAACGAACUGCGUUUCGUUACAGCUAAAUGUGAACAUGAUUAUUAAUUCAAGCAAUUGUGUGAGGUUUUUAGUCUAUCAAGUAUUAGAAAACAUAAAAAUUCUGAAAAUUUAGUACAAACAACUGUUUGCAUUUAUUGACUGCCGAAGGUUUUUUUACACAUUUAUUGAAUGUAGGAAUGGGAGCCCUCUUUGAGAAGGGCUCCAUAGACCUUCCAACAAAUCCCAUGCCAUUUUCGGUACAUUGCUGAAUAAGUAGAAGCAAAAAAUUUUAUAAAUCGACUUCAUUCCCAGAAGGAGGAGGUGCUGUAUUCGGUUGCGGCUAUGUUUUUUUUUGUUCACCGAUUCCUCCGAGACCCGUGGUUCGAUUUGAGUAAUUAUUUUUUUAUUACCUCCAAAGUGGUCCCAUAUUAAUCUGGUUUUGAUCUGAUCAUGGAAUCCAUGAGGAAUUGAGGGAACUCCUCAGUUUUUAAUGGAAUGUGUAUGGUGAUUUGGAUGUUUUCUUAAGAAACUCGAGCAUUUUCUCUCGAAAGCCACCAAUUUGAUGUAGUGCAACUGUAGGCUUACCACGAGUUUGACACUAGAUAUUCGUUAACGUCUUAAUAACUUACUUUUUAUACAUAUACUUAACGCAUCCUAUACUUAAAAAAGGAUAAAUAAUAUUUUAUUUCAUCCUUUUUGAGUUCGUGUUCUUUUUUCUAGUAAAUUUUUUUUUGUUGAAAUAACCAUGUAUAAAAUGUGAAACGUUAUUCGACUAAACAUUCCUUAAACGAAAAGAUUACUCUGCCAAAUGAAAAUCGUGUAAUAAUAGUUCUGCUAAUUUACACAGAAGCGAACUGUAAAUAAAUAGUGUAAAAUAAAUUAAAUGUGUAAAUAAAUUCGAUUUCGAAACGUGACGUACGCGUUUGCGUUAAGUCUCAUUUUGUAUGGGUUUUUGAACAGCGCGCCAAGCGGGACGUUUUGGAAAGUCAAAAAUCUCAUACAAAAUGACACUUAACGCAAACGCGUACGUCACGUUUCGCUGUCGAAAAUAUUUACACUAGGGGUACUGAACUGUAUGUGAACCAAGAGUUUGCGUAACGUUAGUCUACCAAAAGUUUCAUCUACAAAUUAAUCACUCUGCGAAACGAUAUUCGGCGAAUCGUAGUCUGCGAAUCGAUAAUCUGCGAAUUAAUUUUCGGAGAAUCACUAGGUACCCCCUUUGGCUAUAUUUAUAAGAUUUGUGAUACAUACUUGGGAAUUGCACAUUUGUCAAACUAAUAGGAGAUUGCAGAAUGAACUGAUGCAGUAGGUUAACAACUUAAUGAGAUUAAUUGAUGAUUAAAUAAUAAGCUUUA